AUGGUGCGACCUAAGACAGUAGGCUUUAGCCUAUUAAGACACAACAAGCCUUUGCCAUACCAUGAACGAAAACAGAUAUUUCUGUAUGUGCCGAUAGGUCCAAUGGACUCACAGCUGACAAUGUUUCUCCAAUUUAGUCCCGAGUUUGUUAUAGCUCUGAUCCGCACUCCUCAUCUUCCACCUCGUUUCGCCCAGUUCUACGUCCCCCUCGAGUUUAACAAAAUGGACAUGCGCGACUACAUGAAACGAGCAUAUGGGAUCAAAGUCCUCGCUGUCCGAAGCUUCGUCGAGCAACAAAAAGUCACGCGAGAACGCAAAUUUGGCAGGCCUGGUUAUGGACCACUGCGUCGACCGAAAUCCAAGAAGAAGAUGACGAUCGAGAUGACACAGCCCUUUACGUGGCCAGAGCCUCCAAAGUCGGACGAAGACUGGAAUAAGAAGGAGUUUUAUGAGUCUGAUAAGUUCAGCAUGGAGAUGCAAAAGGAGGUCAGUGGUAGAAACGACAUGAAAGCGCCCGAAACCGCACGUGAAUCCUACGAUCAACAAGCAAAGGAUCUUUUGGAAGGAAAAGCAACAUGGAGACCGACAUGGCAGGCACUGGGACUUCAAUACCAACGUCCAGCUUUAAAGAAAUUCGCUGUCCAGAAAGGAGCUGAAGCUAACACCAAACCUUCUCCCCCUGCUGCCCCUGCUGCUACUACUGCUUCUCCGACAGAGUCCGCAUCAAAAGAUUUACCUUCUUCGACAGACUCAUGA